AUGGCUUCAGACUCUCCUGCAUCUGAGAUGCUGGAGGUGCAGGGGUCCAAGAAAGUUCUGGUCAAGCCCCAGAAGAAUGUAAUUCUGAUAGAGACAAACAAGGGCUUUUACAAACCAGGAGAAACAGUGAAAUUUCGAAUUGUGAACCUUGAUGAUGACCUUAACGUUAUUAAAAAAGAGUAUUCCCGGAUAUGGCUACAGAAAAUCAAGAAUGGCUGCGCUACUUUCACAGUGAAGACGAAGACUCUGAAAUUAGAGGACACUGACAGCUACAUAGUUGUCAUGGGAAAGAGGGUGGAAGAUGGAACUGGAGAAUAUUCUGACACAAUAUUGACUAUAAGAAGGCAGGUUUUCAGUAUCAGUGUUAAUGUGCACCUAGCUCUGGCAACAGGAGGCGUCCAUUGUUCAAACUGUCACACUGUGGGAGUAGAGGCUAAGGAAGUGGUUGUAAUUCCUGUUGCAAUGAGAAUGAAGUCUAUAGAGUUUAUCAACCUCCAUCCAUUCUACAAACGUGGACUACCAUACACAGGGAAGGUGUUCUGCCACAGUAGUGAGUCUCCCCUCAGUAAUGAAACAGUUGAUGUCAAUGAUGAGGAGACACACCUGUCAUUCCUCACAGAUAAGAAUGGGGAAGUCCACUUCUCACUGGAUACCACCAGCUGGAACAGCACACUGGUUUCUCUGAAGGCUACCUACAAGCUUGGAAAAGACAAUGAGCAGAAUUCUUCUGAAAGCUACACAGGAGUUGAGGACAGCUUCCAUUGGCUGAAACCUUUCUAUUCUGAGAGCAACAGCUUCCUUGAGAUCAAGGCCAGGAAUGAUGUGAUGCCUUGUGAUCAAGAGCAAGAAGUGCAAGUGGAUUAUAUCCUUGACCAGAAUAAACUCAGCUCUGAAGCAGACCACAUCAAUUUCUACUACUUGGCUAUAGCAAAACGCAAGAUCCUUUUCAAUCGAGAGAAGCGGGUGCCAAUUCUCCAGCAUGAGAAUCUGCAGGGCUCCUUCUCAUUGACUCUGACUAUUGGCAAUGACUUCCUGCCUGACAUCAAGCUUCUACUGUAUGCAGUCUUCUUGUAUGGAGAGGUGGUGGCUGACAUGGAAGAGUUUCAAGUAGAAGAGUGCUUUAGACACAAGAUGAGUAGAAACACAAGGAGUGUGGCACUGGACUUCUCACACGAGAAAGUUCCAGGGUCAAAAGUCAGUCUGGACCUCAAGGCUGCUCUGGGAUCCCCGUGCUCUGUCCAAGCUGUUGACAAGAGUGUCCUUCUGAACAAGGACAAUACCCUAAUAGCAAACACAGUGAGUGCUGAGAUCUUUGAUGACAGCUUUAUGAUUGGAGGACGAGGGUUCCCUUAUCACCUGGAAGACUUUGAGGCAUACCCUUGUCUGCCCCAGUAGUCCAGUCUUCACAAAAAGAUGGCAGCAUCAUGGUACCAAAGUGAUGCUGAUGUCUUUAAUCUGUUUAAGAUAUUGCGCAUGAAAAUAUUAACCAAUACUAGAAUCAAGAAACCAGUUUCCUGUAUGAAACCAGGCUUUGAGAAAAAGAAGUAUAUUGGAAAAUACAGUGUUUUUGAAAAUCAUGUUGGCCAUAAUGAUUCUGUACCUCACUCUGAUAACACAAGGAAGCCAAGACCACGGACACUUUUCCCAGAGACCUGGAUUUCAGAUUUGGUCUCUGUCAGAGAUGAUGGGCAAGCAUCUCUCCAAGCUGCUGUACCUGACACCAUCACAGAAUGGAAUGCCAACACCUUCUGUGUUGCUGAUACUGGAUUUGGGUGGUCUCCUCUGACCACUCUUAAGGUCUUCCAACCUUUCUUUGUAGAUCUGUCACUGCCAUAUUCUCUGAUUCAAGGAGAGACUUUCAGUCUAAAAGCUACUGUCUUCAACUGCCUCAAGGACUGUAUCCAGGUGCGCACCACUCUCACAGAAACUCCAGAACUAAAGGUGGAUGCCUGUCCAGAGUGCCAGUUCACCAGCUGCCUCUGUGCUAACGAAGCAAAAACCUUUGAGUGGAACGUGACAGCCACCAGACUGGGCAAAGUGAAUGUCACUGUGAGCAGCGUGGCAGAAGAUUCACACAAUCUCUUUGGUAACAGGAUUGCUGUGACACCUUUGCAAGGUGAGAGAGACACAGUGAUAAAACCUCUGCUUUUGAAGCCAGGAGGUGUCCUACAAGAGAAGACCCAUUAUGCCUUUUGCUGUGCUGCAGAUAACACUGUUUCUGAAGAGUUCUCCCUGAUGCUGCCUGCAGAAGUGCUGGAGGGAUCUGACCGAGCCACUUUCUCUGUGAUUGGGGACAUCAUGGGCCCAGCACUUCAAAAUUUAGACCAUCUGCUAAUGAUGCCCUUUGGCUGUGGUGAGCAAAACAUGGUUCAGUUUGCACCAAACAUCUUCAUACUCCAGUACGUGAAAAAGACUAAACAACUGUACCCAGAAAUUGAAGAAAAAGCACUGAAAUUCCUGAGAACAGGUUAUCAGAGUCAGCUGCUCUACAAACAUGAUGAUGGCUCCUACAGUGCCUUUGAAUCUGACAACCAGGGCAAUACAUGGCUGACAGCAUUUGUAGACAGGUCCUUUGGACAAGCCAGUUCUUACAUUUACAUCAGUCAGGAUCAUGUGCACAAUGCUCUGCUCUGGCUGCAGAAGCACUAGCUGCCCAGUGGCUGCUUCCGUAGUGUGGGGAAGCUCUUCAACAAUGACUUGAAGGGUGCUGUGGAUGAUAUGAUCUCAUUAACAGCCUAUAUCACUGCUGCAUUGGUGGAGCUUCAUCUGGAGAAGAAUGACACCAUGCUGAAUAAUGCCUUACAUUGCCUCAAGAAUGUAACACUUGAUAAGACAAGCCUUUAUGUCAAGGCCUUGAUGGCUUACGUCUUCACACUGAGAAAGGACAUGGAGAUGAGAGAGCAGCUCCUGGAUAUGCUAGAGAAGGAAACUGCAGAGCUCCUGACAUCACAUUCCAGUAGUGAAGAAUCUUCUUCUUCUUCUUCUAUGAUUGAGACAGCAGCCUACAUCCUCCUGGCUUAUGUCUCCAAACCAGACUUGGCAUACAAUGAUGCCUCAAUGACCAAGCUUGUGCACUGGCUCAGUGGACAAAGAAAUGCCUUUGGCGGAUUUGCUUCCACACAGGACACAGUUGUUAGCCUGCAGGCCCUGGCUCAGUAUGCAGCCCUGAUUUCUCAGGAGAUCAGAGAUGUGAAGGUGACAGUGAAAAGCAAAGAGGCUUCUCCGUUGGUGUUCCACGUGCACAGGAACAACAAGUUGGUCCUGCAUCAGGCACCUCUCCCUGCAGUCCCAGGGAUGUACACAGUGCAGGCAACUGGCAGCGGCUGUGUCUAUGUACAGACCUCUUUGUACUAUAACAUCCCACCACCAGAAACAGAAGAGGUCUUUGUCCUGGAUGUGGAAACAGUACCAAGAGAAUGGGAUGAUGUCAGGAAACAGCUUGACAUCCAUGUGUCCAUCAGUUACACAGGGAGCUGUGAGAUCAGUAAUAUGGCCCUGGUGGAAGUAGAGAUGCUGUCAGGGUUCAUUCCUGUGAGCAGCUCUGUGACAGCGACAUCUUGAAGAAGAGAUCCUACUAGAAUGCCCUGGCUCUGGAAUCAAUAACCUGAGUUUCCUGUUUCCAUAAGGAAAACUUCAUUGCUCUAGCUCUUCUCUGCUGUGUUGGAUGCAUCUUUGAUCCGUGCUCCAAGGUUACAUACUUCGCUUUUGAUCACCAUAUUGGCAUAAGUAUUCCUCUCUACCCCAAGUCUUAUCUCUGAGCUACCUUCUCAACUGAGUUAACACGACAGUCUGUCUGCAACCAAACUCCAAGCAAAAAAAAAAAGAAAUUUCACUACAUGGCCCUGUGGACCAUCUUUCUGUCACAACUGAAGAGUAGGAACAGAGGGAUGUAGCAGCAUCACAGACUGAGAAAGAAUGGGACAUUCCUUGGUAAUACUUUUAGAUAUUCUGAACAGCGCCAUAUAAACCAACCAAACAGAAAAAACAAACAAACCAAACAAACCAAAAUUAAAAAAAAAAAAGAGCAAACCCAACCCAAACCAACAACAACCAGCCAAACAAACAAAAACGUAACAGUGGAAAUUCCCCUUACCUGACUAAAACUAAUCAGUUCUGACACAGGAACAAAUCUCUCUCUCUCUCCCACCCUCUUGGAAGUUGGGAUCCUGCAGCAGAGGGGGGGGAAUGAGGAGAAAGGAGGAGAGGGAGAGGUUGGGGACUAGGGUUAGGUGAGCCAUGUGGGGAUGUAGGAUGAGGAAGAGAGAUAGAGCCCUCAUGGGUGUGUGGUGACAUUGGGAUGGAGCUGUAGGUGUUGGGGAACCCAAGGGCAAGACAAGACCCUGCCUCACCCAGCCUAUAGCCAUCACUGCCAAUGUGGUUAGUCUCCUCCUUUCACAGCUCUGGUUGCUAAGCUGCCCCAAGACCUCUGCCUGGUCUCAAUGUCUGUGCCUCCACCAGCACCCUGCAAUCCAACUUCCCCCAACCCUUUCCCUCCUGUUCUCACAUGCCUCAUCUUCUCCUUCCCUCUGUCACCAAGUUCCUCUCUCUCUCAGGGUGUCUCCUGCUCUGAGACCCACAAACACUCCUGUGAAGGCAACAGCCCAUCCCCUGCUGCUGGCACACUCUCUCCUCUGCCCAGUGGUAUUCCUUUUGAUCCCCUGCAUAGAACUGAGAAGAAAUUAUUCCUGGUUCUUUGCUUCACCUUCACACUGUCCUGCUCUUCCACUGCCCACGCUGUAACCCCAGGUCCCAGUCCCCAUUGCCCACGUGGCCUGCCUCAACUCCUGCCAGCGCUGCUUAUCCCAAGAAUUUUUGUUCCCCAAAUGGUCCCUGACUCUUCCAAAAUUUUCUGCCUGCCCAAGCAUUCUAUCCAUUCUAAUAUUUCUUUCCUCUUCAGUUUAAUGGUCAGCAAAUCUGUCUUUACCUAGUUGACCUCACCCUCUUGUCUGCUAUGUAUGCCUCUUUCCCACCUGUGUUUAUUCUUCCUCUUGUUUUCUAUUCUGCUUUUGUCUUCUCUUACUCCAUUUUUUACUUUGUAUUUCUCCGUCUCCCCUUUGGGCAAGGCAAUUUUUCACGAAUAGUGUAUAUUUCUGCAGUUGGUGUCCUUUUCAUUGUCAUCUCUCCCUUUUUUUGUUUGCUUUGUGUUCCCAGGCAUUCCACAUUUAAGUUCUGUCCUAACUACACCAUUUUUACUAUCAUCUUUUAUAUCAUGUACCACUACUCAGUGCUCAUAUAUAUAUAUAUUUUUUUUUUCUGUAAACAAUCAGAAAUGACUGUCUCUACAGGUGUGAUUUGUGGUAACACUUUCCUUUUCUCCCCCUCUUCUUUUUGGAGAAAUGCACAUAUAAUAGCAAUGCAUGGCCCUUCCUGUUUUCUUUGUUCAUCUCCCUGUCUUGGACUUUGACUCACAUGACUGCCUCCCAUAAAACCGGGUUCAGUUUUCCCAUUUCAGCUACCCACGCUCAGGCCUUCUGGAUGGGUCAUUCAACACUGUGCAUGUUUAAACUCUGGCAAUACCCAGUCCCAUCCUGUAAAGACAUUAACCUAGAAGUCUAAUCUUAUCUGUGAGACUACUAGAAAAAGAUAAUAAUCUGAGGAAUCUGAGGAUGCAACACACACAGUAGUAGAGUAGAUCAUAUGCACAUGGCUCAUCAGGAUGUGCACUCCAUUAGCAAGGCAGUACACAAAAAGGUGGGACACCAGAUAACAAAAAUGCGUACUGGUUUUAUAGAGCUAAUUAUCAAGGAAGAAGUUACCAGACAGUCAUGCCACAAAUAUGAUGUAAAGCUAUAAAGUCAACGAGACUGGAAACAAUGGAGAAAAAUUGAACAAGGUGGGCUGUGUGUUUGGGAGCUGAUGAUGCUUCUAAAGAGGAAGUACGUAGGAGAGAAAAAGGGGGGAAAAGGAAUAUAAAGUCAAGGAAAUCAUGUGACCAGCAGGGUUGUUUCAGGGAUCCCUUUGCCUGAUUCCCACAGCUUGCAAGAGGACUGUACAUCUAUUUUUUUCUGGCCAUUCAGAGUGAUCUGUCCCUACAGUGGGCAGAGUCAAUCCUUUCCCUACUCAUCAUUGUUCUUGGGGUUGUCCAGUAGGGACAGGAAAAAAGGAAAACAAAACUCUGACAGCAGUGGCUAAGAAGCAUGAGGAACUAAGUGUUUCUGUGGACAACUGAUACAAAAAGAGGACAGGGCUGAGUUCAAGCAAGCAAAAAUAUGAAGGAACUGGAAGGAGCCUCCAUGGAGCAUUCCCCUCACAUUGUUCCUUCCCAAGACAUUCAUGGGAGUCAAUGAGUACUGUUCGAUGGUGCUCUGCCAAUGGACAGGAAAGAACAAGGGAGCAAAGUGGUACCCACCAUCUCCCACUUGCCUUCUAGGCAAGUUUCUUCCACUGGGUAUUUGGGCCGGACUGAAUGAGCUUCAGGAGGAAGGUCCUCUAAUCAGGUUGAACUUCAGAUAGGGAGGUUAUAAAUUAAAACUGAAGGCUGUAACUCAGUGUGCUCAGUGUGACCAUGAGUCAGGCUCUCCCGCCUCUAAAUGGACAUGCGUCAAAGGUCUGUUUUACAGGAAAUGAAGUAUGUGAAAUAUGAAUACAAACAAAUGUUUCCAGGUUUUUGUUUCAAAUCAGAUCAAUGUUGUUCAGCUGCAUAUACGAGGGGCUGAGGAAGCUGUCAAACCAGAGGGCUGAGAAAGAGCUGCUGUGUCACAAGCUUCCUUAAAACAGGAGUGUACAUUAGAAGUCAGUAAUGUCUUUGUAUCUUGGAGCAAACUUCAGGGAAUAGGGUAAGUGGCUAGCCUGUGCUGGGUGGGCAAUCUGAAGCUUGUUCAGCUCUGCUGACAGUAGAAGGGUGCUCCCUGUCCUUGAUGACAUCCAUAGGAAAUGUUUUCCAGUCCAAGAAAGGAACAUUUGCUAUGUAUAAGCAAAGCUGGGGUACAAGUAGCAGAUAUCCAGCAGACUUCUUCCCAUCACCUCACCACUGUUAUAUGGGUCUUGAAUGCCCAGAUGGCCUUGAGGCAAUUGGAAAUACAAGCAUGCUUGGAUUUCCUUUGUGAAUGUGGUUGUUUCAGCUUAAGGGUAGAGGCCCUGGAAUGUGGCUUACCUUUGACAUGCAAAGAGCCUUCCUU